AUGAACACAGGGUCUGCACAAUUGAAUGCUGGCACUUAUUCAGUAUAUUGUACAAACACAAGUGACGACUGGACAGACGCGAAAGUAUUAUACCACGGCCUUCGUCCGACGGAAGAUAUUCACGUAUCUGCUGUAUGCAGAUAUGUUAUCUAUGUACCACCUACUAUAAGUGGAAAUUCCGAAGUCGAUUUGUGUGAAAUAGAAAUUGGUGGUUGUCCUUUUGGAAAAUAUGGAGUGAACUGUGAAAUGAACUGUUUAGAAAACUGCAUAUUAGGAUCUUGUAAUUUAGUUAAUGGAAACUGCACACAUGGUUGUGUUGAUGGCUGGAUUGGUGAAAGGUGCAACGAACCCUGUUAUGAAGGUUGGUUUGGAAAACAAUGUAUGCACGCAUGUUCAUCGCACUGUUUUUUGCCUCCUUGUUACCAUGUGACAGGAGAAUGUAAUGAAGGAUGUCAAAAAGGAUGGAAAGAUAAUAACUGCUUUGAUGAAUGCAGUCAUGGAUAUUUUGGAAGAAAUUGCUCACAGUCAUGUGAUGGAUGCAUAUCGAACAAUUGUGACCGUUUUGACGGCUUCUGCAAUGUCGGGGACAAAUGUAAACCAGGGUAUAUAAACCACCCUAAAUGUAAUCAAUCAUGUGAUUACUGGUUCUAUGGUGAAAACUGUGCCAAAAAAUGCAACUGCCUCUCUGAGCCUUGUAAUAAAUCUACUGGAUUGUGUCCUGACGGGAAAUGUGACAAAGGAUGGUUUGGUGAAUCUUGUAAUAAAGAAUGCAGCGAAGGAUAUUACGGGUACAAUUGUAUCGGUUACUGUAACAACUGCUUUAACACGUCAUGUGAAAUAUAUGAAGGCAAUUGUACUUAUGGUUGUAUUGAGAAGUUAAGUGGUCCACAUUGCAAGCAAGCCGACUUUCAGCCGUUAGAAGAACAAGGACCUGUUACAAUCGUUAUAGGAGGAAUUUGUGCUGCAAUAUUUGUGGUGAUUCUUGCAAUUAUAUGUUUUAUCGUUUACAGACGGUUCUUUAGAUUGCAAAAACACAGAAAUCAUCCAACUAUGAGAGAAAAUACAAAGACUCGUUCAGCUACAACUGAUCAAAGUGUAAUGUAUGAAAACGUGAAAGGCGACUUUACAAGUUCAGAAAAUAUACGACUAUCGUUUGAAGAAAAGCACGAUGGAAAAAUCCAAACAUUUGAUAUAAGUUCUAAUGAUUUGCCAGAUGAAGAGGAAGAGGGGAAUGUCAAUGUAUAUGGCAAUGUUAUUUCGGAAGAUGAUAUAUGUCAGUACAAAAUUCAAAUUGAGGACCUGUCAAACGUGAUAAAUGAAAAGCGUAAAGACAAUGGCUUUGAAAAUGAAUAUGGGAUGUUCCCAAAAGGUCUAAUUCAUGCUCAUGUUGAGGGAUCAAAAGAAGAAAAUAAAGCUAAAAAUAGAUUUUUGUCGACAUGGCCAUAUGACCACUCCAGAGUAGUUUUGAAAGGAGAUACAAAAUCGGAUUACAUAAAUGCAAAUUACAUCGACAGCUAUAAUAAAGAAAAGGCGUACAUUGCCACACAAGGUCCAAAAAAAAAUACAGUGAGAGAUUUCUGGCAUAUGAUAUGGCAGGAAAAUGUUGGCAAAAUAGUGAUGGUCACCCAACUGGAGGAAGAAGGAAAAAAAAAAUGUGACCAGUAUUGGCCACAGACAACUAACAAGCCAUUGAUAGUAGACAAAAUUAUAUUAACCAUGGAUGUAGAAAAGGAACACUCUGUAUACAUGUACAGGCUGAUAAAAGUUAGACACAAAUUGGAAAAACACGAACGAAAGGUUCAUCAUUUUCACUUUACACAAUGGCCUGAUCAUGGUGUUCCAGACAGUAUAAAGCUGGUGAAUUUCUAUAGAGCAGUCACGAAUAUGAGCUGUGAUCAGCCUGGACCACUUCUCGUACACUGCAGUGCAGGCAUAGGCAGAACGGGUACAUUUAUUGCAAUAGAUUCCUUAUACGAACAUGGAAAAUCAGUUGGUUAUAUUGAUGUCAAGGAAUAUGUGAAGAUUAUGCGGAAGGACAGAAUGAAUAUGAUUCAAACAUUUGAACAAUACGAGGCUGUCUUUGAAACAUUGCAAGAAUUGUUUACCGUGCCAGAUACAUCUAUUCCAGUAUAUGAUUUCUGUAGUUACGUUCAAGAACAAGAAAAUAACAAAGUUCCACAAAAUCAAAAGACAUACCGAUUAGAGUUUCAGAGGUUGCAAAGUCUUCGUUCCUCAUACUCUGCUGACAAUUUCACAUCUGCAAGACUCGAAGAGAACAUUUCAAAGAAUGCAGUAAAUUCUAUUUUACCACGGAUACUCAGUACAAGGAGCCUUUUUGGUUACCCAAUGUCCAUUAAAAGAAACUGUGGUUGA